AUGGCGAAAGACAAAACAGUGCGGGCAUCCCAGAAAGCUCCUGUCAGCAAAAAUGCAUACAAGCAGCUGAUCUCUAACUAUUCUGCGGACACACCCCCACGCUUCAAACUCAUCGAUGCCUUUUUGGCAUUCUUAUUCGUUACUGGAAUCUUGCAGUUCGUUUAUUGUAUUGUCUUGUCAAACUAUCCCUUCAACUCUUUCCUCGCUGGAUUUUCAGCCACUGUGGGUCAAUUUGUGCUUUCUCUUGCGCUGCGUUUGCAACUUGGCGCAGGAGAGUCUGGAAAACCGCGUGUCGCUGAAGGCAGAGCAUUCGCCGAGUUCCUUUUCGCAUCUGUAGUCUUACACUUUUUCGUUGUCAACUUCCUUGGCUAG